AAGCACACUGAUAUUAGUUGACAUCCUGACCUACGCAGGCAAGCCACGCCUCUCCUCGUUUUAUGGAUUUGAUCUUGGUUUGCAGUUUGUAAAUGGAUUACCAAGGGAGCAAAGUUAGGGAUUUCCUUCAUACUAAUGGACAAGUGGUGCUUGAAAGAGGAGUGAGUAACUAUAAUCUAAGAUCUUUCACUCAAAAAGAGAUAGAAGACAUCACGAGUGGGUAUAGCACCAUGGUGGGAGAAGGGGGAUUUAGUAAGGUUUACAAAGGAAAAUUAGAUGGUCUUUGUCCAGUUGCGGUAAAGAUAUACAAAAAUGGAACCAAGAAAGAAGAGUUUGCCAAAGAGGUGAUAGUGCAUUCCCAGAUAAAUCACAAGAAUGUUGUCAGACUGUUUGGUUGCUGCACAGAGGAAAAUGCUCUUACGAUUGUUAUGGAGCUCGUAUGCAAUGGCAACCUCUACGACAUGCUUCACUGCAGCAGCAAUGCUAAUGGUUUUGUCCCCUUCCCUUUGGACAAACGUUUGGACAUCGCCAUUGAGUCAACUGAAGUAUUAUCAUGCAUGCAUUCAAUGUAUAGCCCGGUUCUUCAUGGUGACAUGAAAACCUCUAAUAUACUGCUAGAUGAAAAUCUCCGGCCAAAGUUAUCUGAUUUUGGGAUAGCAAGAUUGCUUGCUACUGAUGAGACUCAGCACACCAGAUCUAUCAUGGGUAGUAUAGGUUACGUGGACCCUUUGUUCUGUCACAGUGGGAUUCUUACUUCCAAGAGUGAUGUAUACAGUUUCGGAGUCGUUUUGUUGGAAAUCAUCACCCGGAAGAAAGCUUUGGAUGGGAAUAUCAGCCUUGCUCGAAGUUUUGCCGAAGCCCUGAGAAAAGGGAAAAAGGUGAGGCAAAUGUUUGAUGAGGAAAUUGCGAAUGAUAAAAAGAAUAUAAAAUUUCUUGAAAACAUCGCAAGAUUAGCAGCUGAAUGCUUGAAAAUGGAGGCAAAAAUGCGUCCAGAAAUGGUUGAAGUAGCAGACAGACUCAGGACAAUCAGAAAAGAUUACCAUCAUCGCAUUGGCAGAAAUUCUACAUGUAGCAACUCUGGACUUGCUAAAAGUGGAAAGGCAGAGGCUGUGCUACCAGUGGUGGUACGGACCAUUUCCAUGGAUGAACUAAAGGAAAUAACCAGGAACUUUAGCAAUGAUACUCUAAUAGGAGAGAACUUACACAGUAAAGUUUUUUUCGGAGUGCUCAAAGAUGGACGUAAAUCCGCGAUCAAGAAGAUUAGGCCUGCUAAAGAAAUUAUUCUGGAGGUUCCGGUGGUCUCAAGAUUCAGACAUGAGAACGUUCUCCAACUUCUUGGAAACUGUGUUGAAGGAGACAGCCAUGUUCUUGCUUACGAGUACGCAUCCAAGGGAUCCUUGCACGAUAUUCUUCAUGGUAAAAAUAAUGUUAGGGGAGCCGAACCAGGACCGGUUCUAUCAUGGGCGCAACGUAUGAAGAUUGCCAUGGGUGCUGCGGCUGGGCUUGAGUUCCUCCAUGCAAAGGCAGAACCUUUCGUUAUCCAUGGUCGAAUCAGAUCCAGUAACAUAUUUCUCUUUAACAGCGACAUUGCAAAGAUUGGUUACCCUGGCCUUUCGAGACAGGCCCCGGACUACAUAGACAAUAUUUUUUUGGAUCGUCCCAAUGGUCCUCAAGGAACCAGUUUCGUUUAUGACGCACCUGAGUAUGCAAUGACCGGUCAACUUUCUACAAUGAGCAAUGUCUAUAGCUUUGGGGUUGUGCUGCUGGAACUUUUAACUGGUCGAAAGGCAUUUGAUCAUACACUACCCCGUAACCAACGAUCUCUCGUGACAUGGGCUAAACCAAGACUUAAUAAAGACAAGGUGAAGCAAUGUGUGGAUCUGAGGCUUGGAGGAGAUUACCCUCCCGAGGCUGUCACCAAGAUGGCUGCAAUCGCGGCGCGCUGUACAGAAUACGAGGCAGAUUUCCGGCCAACUAUGAGCAUGGUCGUCGAGGCUCUGAGGCCCUUGGCGCUCAGCAGCUCAAGCAAUCUUCCCGGCGCUGCAGAAGCACCUGGAGCCCAGUCGGCCUUUACGAAAGGCAGGUACAUUCUAGAUGGGAUCCUUGUACUCCACGAGAUCGUCCAUGAAGUCAAGAGCAAGCACCUUCAUGUGGUGUUCUUCAAGAUCGACUUUCAUAAAGCGUACGACACUGUCCACUGGUCCUUCCUUCGGGAAGUGCUGCUCAAGCGUGGGUUUGAUCACCACUGGGUAGCUCGGGUGAUGCAGCUGGUGACGAGUGGUCGCACGGCGGUGAAUGUGAAUGGGGAGAUUGGACCCUACUUCCUGACUGGAUAG